AAAUGGCAAACAUGCAACUGCACUCCUAAUAUAAUCUUGGGCUGACCCUCGACCGAAUUGUUUCGCUUCCGUCUUCCCGUCCCUCCAGUCAUUUAUCAACGGACUCCGCGACCCGGUCAGCCUCGGGUAGAUCAUUUGCGAUCUAUCCAUCCUGCCGCUUCCCUUCCUAUCUCUACUCUCUCCCUUCCGUCUCCUUCACCACACACACAGGCUACCUUAGCCAUGGCGGCCACAACGAAGACGUCGGGUGGCAACAAUGCCUAUCACAACUUCCACAACGAUUUCGCUCACGUCCAAGAUGUCAACGAGCGGAGACGUCUCGCCCUCGCCGAGGUCGACCGCGCUCCGUUCGGCUGGUACCACGUCCGCGCCAUUGUCGUCGCUGGUGUCGGCUUCUUCACGGAUUCCUACGAUAUCUUCACUGUCUCGCUCCUGACGCUGAUGCUUGGCGUCGUCUACUACCCCGGCGUUGGCCAGAUGCCCACCAGCUCCGACACGGCCAUCAAGCUCGCGACCUCGGCGGGCACCGUCAUCGGCCAGCUCGGCUUCGGAGCCCUCGCUGACGUCGUCGGCCGGAAGCGCAUGUACGGUCUCGAGCUCAUUGUGAUCAUCUUCGCCACCCUCGCCCAGGCCUUGUCGUCAAACUCCCCCUCGAUGAACAUUGUCGGUGUCAUCAUCUUCUGGCGUGUCCUCCAGGGAGUCGGCAUCGGCGGCGACUACCCGCUCUCGAGCAUCAUCACUUCAGAGUUCGCCACGACAAAGUGGAGAGGUGCCAUGAUGGCCGCUGUGUUUGCCAUGCAGGGCCUCGGUCAGCUUUGCGCUGCAUUCGUCAUGCUCUUCCUAACCCUUGGCUUCAAGUCCUCGCUGGAAGGUUCCACCAAGCUCGCCAACUGCACCGGUGGCUGCGCCGAGGCCGUCGACAAGAUGUGGAGGACCCUGAUCGGUUUCGGCGCUGUCCCCGGCUGCAUCGCGCUCUACUACCGCCUGACCAUCCCCGAGACCCCGCGCUACACUUUCGAUGUCAAGCUCGACGUCGAGAAGGCCGAGGGCGAUGCUAUGGCCUAUCUGAAAGGCAAGUCUUCUGGCGUCACCGACGAGGUUUCGCGCGCCGCCGCCCAGAAGCAGGCCCUCGAGCAGAUGAGCACGCCGAAGGCCAGCUGGGGCGACUUCUUCCGUCAUUAUUCCAAGCGCAAGAAUGCCAUGCUCUUGGCUGGUACCGCCCUGUCUUGGUGCUUCCUUGAUAUCGCCUAUUACGGUGUCUCGCUCAACAACGCCGUCAUCCUCGAGGUCAUCGGCUACUCGACCAAGGGCGCCAAGAGCACGUACGAAAUCCUGUACAACACGGCCGUCGGAAACCUUAUCAUCGUGUUGGCGGGUGCCGUGCCAGGGUACUGGGUGACUGUCUUCACCGUCGACCGGAUCGGCCGCAAGCCGAUCCAGUUCAUGGGUUUCGGCAUCCUGACCAUCCUCUUCAUCGUCAUGGGCUUCGCCUACUUCCACAUCUCGCCCAACGGCCUGCUCGCCAUAUUCGUGCUCGCCCAAUUCUUCUUCAACUUCGGCCCCAACGCCACAACCUUCAUCGUGCCCGGCGAGUGCUUCCCUACGCGUUACCGCUCUACCUCCCACGGCAUCUCGGCCGCCUCGGGUAAGAUCGGCUCCAUUAUCGGCCAGGGCGCCAUCGCUCCGCUGCGCACUCGCGGCGCCACCAAGGCAAACGCGAAUCCGUGGAUGGACCAUGUCCUUGAGAUCUAUGCCCUGUUUAUGCUGCUCGGCGUCGGCACCACUGCGCUGAUCAAGGAGACGAAGCGCAAGACGCUCGAAGAGCUGGCCGAGGACAGUGAUGAGGACCAGGGCCUGCCGACCGUCGAGAACAACACGAGGGUUCCUACCGCUAACGGCAGUGGGGAUGACAUUGAGAAGGUCCACGACAGUAAAUAACUAGGAGGGGGCUGGGGGUUGGAGUUGUGAUGUAUGAUGUAAUGGUCGGGAAAAAGAAUGAUUCCCAACUCCACGUCUAUCUAUUUUUCUUUUUCUUUUUCUUUCUUAUCCUCUAUCUUCUCGGUAUG